AUGGAUGCAUACAUAUCCCAAUUUAGUGAGUUAUCUCUUCUGUGUCCCAGAAUGAUCACCUCAGAAGAGAAUAAGAUUGAAAGGUUUAUCUGGGGACUAACUGAACCUAUCCAAGGGAAUGUCAUUGCGGAAAACCCUAAAAUGUUUGAUAGUGCCAAGAGACUAGCCAAGAAACUGUACGAUCAUGGCAAUAAGAAGGGUGCCAAGACAGUGGUAGCGGAGGUUAAAAAGGAAGAAGAGAAUAAGAAGGGGAAGAACAACAAGAGAAAAGAAAAGCAAAACUCGGAAUCGUCUAAGAAGCAACAAACAGUGUAUGUCCAUGCUGCAACACAAGCUACUGCCACACAACAUGCUCCAGCCUUAUCCACACCAAAUGCUUCCAAGCAGUACUCGGGAAAUCUCCCCAACCAUCAUGGGGAGUGUAGAGAGAUGAGUUGCACAAGGUGCAAUCGGAAAGGCCAUACAACGAACUAUUGUAGGAUUCAGAUUCAACAGAACCAGAUGACAAACAACAACAACAACAACAACAACAAUAUCGGAGCUAGCUAUACCUAUUAUAGAUGUGGGAAAACUGGGCAUAUCAGGUGA